AGGAAUGGGGUGGGCUGUCCGGCCGAGAGAGCUGUGAGCGGGCUAUAAAACCAAGAGUCGACUGUUAAUCUAUGUAAGCGUUGAAGUGAUGGAGGAGACGUGAGGAUCAUUUACGAAGCUGGAUUUCAUGUUUGUGGAUAAAAUAUCUUCUGUUCGAGCCUUCUGGAUGAAUACUUUCCAUUUUUAGUCCGUAAACUCUCCAAACGGCCGCUCGUCUUCCAUGUGAGUCCUCUGACAGCAUGAGGAUGCAGAUGAUAUUUGCUGUCUCGGUCCUGGCGACAGUCGGGUUGGUGACCGCCGACUGUCCCGCAGUGUGCGAGUGCCCGGCGGUGCCCCCGGCCUGCCCCCCAGGCGUGAGCUCCAUCCCGGAUGGCUGCGGCUGCUGCAAGGUGUGUGCCGCCCAGCUGAACCAGGACUGCCAUGAAGGGCGUCCCUGCGACCACCAUAAAGGGUUGGAGUGCAACUACGGCAACGACGUGGGCCGCACCCACGGCAUCUGCAGGGCAAAAGCAGAGGGUCAUUCCUGCGAAUACAACGGACGCAUUUACCAAAAUGGGGAGAAUUUCCGGGCCGGUUGCAAGUACCAGUGCACGUGCAUCGACGGGGCGGUGGGGUGCGUGCCCCUUUGCCCCAGCAGCAUGCCCAUUCCCUCCCCGUCCUGCCCCGCUCCGCACCUGAUCAAAGUUCCCGGCCAGUGCUGCUUCAGCAUCAGCUGCCACAAGGGAGCCACCAUCGCGUCGCCGGGCCACCAGAAACCCUCCCUUCCACCGUUGCCUCCGUAUCCGUUUAUUCCUUACCCGGCAUACCCCUACUCCAAGCCCUACCAGAAGCUGUACCCUCACAAACCCAAAAAGGAGAAGGCCACCUUGGGGAACGAGCUGCUGGAGGUGGAGCGACGGUGGGAGAAGCCACGUGGAAUCAAGCAGCCGAAGGCCUGGAGUCAGAUGGGAGACCACUGUGUGGUCCAGACUACGUCCUGGUCCCAGUGCUCCCGCAGCUGUGGGAUGGGUGUUUCCUCUCGAGUUACCAAUGACAACGCUCGGUGCAAGCUGAUCAAGGAGACGCGGCUGUGCAACAUUCGGCCCUGCAGCUCCAUGUCCAUACCAGUGAAGAAAGGGCGGAAGUGCUCUCGUACCCACAAGGCCCCGGAGCCACACCGUUUGUCCUACGCCGGCUGCAGGAGCACCCGUCUGUACCGACCCAACUACUGCGGCGUGUGCCGGGAUGGCCGCUGCUGCUCCCCCCGCCGCACCCGCACGGCCACCGUGACCUUCGCCUGCCCUGACGGCGAGCGCUUCAACAGAUCCAUGAUGUUCAUCCAGUCCUGCAAGUGCAGCGACGAGUGCAACCACCUGAACGAGGCGGCGCUGCCCCCACAGCAGUGGCUCUACGGGGACACCCACAAGUUCAAGGACUAGUGGUACUCGCCCCCCCACCCACCUUCCACCUACAUUCCUCUGUGAAAGCAGGCAUUUACCCCCCACACCUGUACCUGUCAUAGAGUAGCUGUCUUUAGUCUAUCUGUCUGAAACAAGCCAUUAGAACAUCUCUUGUGGAUCAUUUGAGGAAGGAGAAACGUCCUGGACUUCAAUCUUUGGGCCAUAAUCAAACAUUUAUGAACUCUUAAAGACUUUUCCUGAGCAAGAUGGAGUUUAAAACUGGCUGAAGGAACACAUGAGGAGCUGUCAGGAGGACAGAAGGAGGAGGAACGUCUCACAUCUUCCGAAAGGAGCUUAGUUUGUCUUUCCAGAGUAUUUAUUCAUGGUAUUUAUUGUCAAGACAGACGUGGUGACGCAGCGGCCUGUCACCAGGAGAGGUGACGCCGCUAUGUUUGGAGCAUCGGUGUGACGGGGGCAGAACAGCUGAGAGCUGUCAGUCACUCGGAAGAAUGGAGGGGGGGACUCCCACGGAUCCGAGACCUGACCCCAGAAAGCCAUAUUCAGUGAUGGAUGUGCAGAAGCGGAAAGACAGAUGGACCCGACGGGCCCAGGUUGUUUACACAGAUGGACUCAUCUGCCGCCCGGCUUUCUCAACAAACUGAGACAUUCAGCAGGCACCAGAGUAACACGCCGUCUAUGUCGGCGUCGAGAAGUCAACCACCUAAUUCUGCACAAAUUACAAUCUGUGAGGGGGAAAGCGGGAGAAAAAUCAGCCUCUUUCUUGGGUUUGCUGUAAAAAUAAAAUCUAAAAAAGCGCGUGUGCGCUGAGGUAAACAUG